UAUUAUACGUUAAGGUCGUUGCCUAUGUAAAUAUUCUAAGUUCAUGUUGCUAUGGACAACAAGAUGAAGCUAGGACCAAGGGAAAUACUUGUACCAGUGCAAUUGUUGUUGUGAGGACACCCUCAUCAGUGAUCAUCAGCAACUUGGAUUUUAAGGAAUCUAAUUUUCUUCGAUCCUUGUGAAUAUGUUUUUGUCGUUGUAUCAAACUUCUGCAAUAAAUUAGUAGAUUUUGUUGUUCUAAUGCCCAUUACAUUAACACCUAUUAGUCAUCAGUCUUUAUCCUGAAAAUAAAAUAUCCAAUUUUUUUCCUGUAAUGAUUCAGAAUUCUGGAGCUUGUGGUUGGCUAGUUGUAGCAUACAAGCCAGAAAGAUGCGAUUCGGAAACUAUAGUUAGUACCUAUGUUUCUCUCCCCUCUUCAUAACCAUCUAAAUCCUUUUACAAUUCAGAAGAUAGAAAUCAAGAUUCAAUAGGAUGGUAAAACUUAUUUCAAGCUGGUGUAAAGAUGUUCAAUCCAUACCCAAAAAUUAUGUACAACCACCCGAUUUAAGACCAGGGGAGCUCAUUUUUCCUGUAAAGAGUGGUCCGGUAGUUGAUCUCAGCAAAGCCUUAGGACAGGAUCGGGCUGGAACAAUACAACAAAUUAUGCAAGCAGGCCAGGAAUUUGGAUUCUUUCAGGUGAUCAACCAUGGUGUUUCGGGAAGUUUAAUGCAGGAUGCGAAGAGUGUGUUGAAGGAGUUUUUUGACAUGCCAGACGAGGUCAAGUCAAGUGUCUUCACUCCAGAUGCCAGUAAGAAGUGCAGGCUCUACAGUAGUAGUGCUAUUUAUCUCAAUGAGGAGAUUCUUUAUUGGAGAGAUAAUUUGACACACCCUUGUCAUCCUUUAGAGGAUUGUGUGCAACUUAUGCCUGGAAAGCCUACAAGAUACCGAGAAGUUGUUGGGACAUAUUCAGUUGAAGUGAGGAAGAUGAUCAUGAGGAUUUUGGAUCUGAUUUGUGAAGGACUGGGACUAGAACUUGGGUACUUUGGAGGUGACCUGAGCAAGUUUGAGCUACUAGGAACUAAUCUUUACCCUCGGUGCCCUGAGCCGAGCCUCGCCUUGGGAACUCAAAUACACUGUGACCCUAACCUCGUAAGUAUUCUAAAUCAAGGAGGUGUCAGUGGGCUUCAAGUCUGUAAAGAUGGGGAAUGGUUUCUUGUUGAGCCUAUUCCUAAUGCAUUUAUGUUUUUAAUUGGCUGCCAGUUACAGAUUAUCACUAAUGACAAGAUCAGAGGUGUGGAACAUCGAGUGGUGACAAAUUCGAAAGAGGAUCGGAUUAGUAUUGGCUAUUUUGUUCUCCCAACUUAUGAAUGCGUUAUAGAGCCUGCAAAAGCUCUGGUCAGUACAUGCAACCCACCACUUUAUAAAACCUUGCAGUACACAGAUAUUCUUAAAGCCUAUGCUGAGAAAAAUGGUAGCCAUAGAGGUAUGAUGGAGAGUCAUAAGCUUCAAGUUGAGUAAUGGUGUUUGAAAGGGAAGUGCUAUAUAUGAUCUGAGUGUAUCUUAUCUUGUUGCAAGUAAAUAAAGAUGUGGUCUUAGUGUUUGUGCUAGAGGGAUUGUGGCCACAUAACUGAAAUGUAAUCGUCUUCAUAUAUUUCAAUAAUGGUUGCUCUUCAAAUCCACUGUGAGAUUUUAAUAUUAUUAUUCUUGUGACUUUUAUUUUACAACAAUAAAAUGGGAACAUGAAAAGGAAAAAAAUAAAAUAAAAAAUUUGACAUAAAAAUCUCCGUACUCUGACCAUGUAUUUGUUUAGCAUAAUCAAAUAUGUGAAAAUGGUAAUAUGCACUGUUUGGUAGGCCUGAAGAAUUAACCAACCUUCGCUUAUUUCUCAGUGUAGCCAACG